AAAGCAAAGAUGAUGAUAAAGCGGAAGUAACCGUUACUGUCAAGAGGAAGGAAGAGAGGAGCUAAACCAGCCGGCCAGGCCGGCUUAUGAUAAAUGCCUUCCAAAUUUUUGCUUCACAGCAAGGGAAGGCAAUCCCACUCUUCGCGGUUAAUUCCUUGAAACAUAGGACUCUUCCUCAAAUAAAUACAGCAUUUAUCCUUUGACAUUCAUCACACAUUAGAACCCAGGUCUAGGUUGCUCUUCUUGUUGGACUUUCGUGUCUUCCCUUGUAGUAUUUCCAAGAGCCAAAGAAAAACUAAAAGAAGAUGGGGAGCUAUGAGGAACAACUCGGAUGUGAAGAGCUCUCUCUUGUCCACCCUGACCCUUUUGUGUUGGAGCUCAAUCGUCUGCAGAACUUACUCAGAGAGAAGGAUAGGGAGCUAGGAGUUGCUCAGGGUGAAAUCAAGGCUUUAAGAGCGACUGAAGCUUUGAAGGAGAAGGCUGUAGAAGAGCUCAGGACUGAAGUUCAGAAAACGGAAGAGAAACUCCGAGUCACUGAAAAUCUUCUUGAACAUAAGAACAUUGAAAUCAAGAAAGUAACAAGUGAGAAGAAAGAUGCAUUGGCUGCACAAUAUGCUGCUGAAGCAACCCUUAGAAGGGUGUAUGCAAAUCAAAAGGACGAUGACUCUCUUCCUAUCGAGUCAUUUAUUGCUCCGCUUGAAUCUGAAAUCAAAAUGUAUAAGAAUGAGAUUGCAGCAUUACAGGAGGAUAAGAAGGCUAUGGAACGUCUCACCAAGUCAAAAGAAUCAGCUCUACUUGAAGCAGAGAAGAUCUUGAGAAGUGCUUUAGAAAGGGCUUUAAUAGUAGAGGAGGUUCAAAAUAAUAACUAUGAAUUGAAGAGACAGAUUGAGAUUUGCCUGGAGGAGAACAGAAUCCUCGAGAAAACCAAUCGCCAAAAGGUUUUAGAGGUUGAAAAGCUUAGCCAAACCAUUCAAGAGCUUGAGGAGGCCAUCUUAGCCGGUGGGGCUGCCGCAAAUUCAAUUCGUGACUACAAACGGCAGAUAGAUGAAUUGAAUGAGGAAAAGAGGACUCUGGAGAGAGAACUAGCAAGAGUAAAAGUUUUAGCAAACAGAGUAGCAACUGUGGUGGCUAAUGAGUGGAAAGAUGAAAAUGACAAAGUUAUGCCCGUCAGGAAAUGGAUGGAAGAGAGAAGACUGCUGCAGGCAGAGAUGCAGCGCUUGAGAGACAAACUAACCAUAUCAGAGAGAACGGCCAAGGCAGAAGCUCAACUUAAGGAUAAAUUAAAGCUCAGACUUAAGAUAAUUGAAGAAGGUUUGAAGGAUGUCACAAGUUUUUCGGUCAAUCCUAAUAGGUUUUGUGGGUCCCCGAAAACAGAGAAGUCCAGUAACAUAUUUGGCUUUCUUACCAGCAACGGUGGACUAAGAAAGAGGUCUACGUCGCAGCCAAGAGCUUCUACUGACGGUAGAAGCUCACUCUUGCAACAGCACAAUUUGGAAAAUGAAACAGACAAUGUUGGUGGAGAGCUAAAACAAGCCAAUAGCUUAAAAAAGAAACACUCUUCUGGAGAAAAUGUGCUGAGAAAAGGUAUAUGGGUCUCCAGAAGUAAAGUUGUUGAUAGCGGUGAAAAGGAGAACGCAGAAAUAAGGGCAGAUAUGGAUAUGAAUUUCAGUAAGGACAACAGCGAUGAUACAACAGCCUCACCAGAAAUAACGACCAAAAGUGGCAGCAAUAAAGAUCAACAAAACAAAGGAAGCGAUGAAGAUAUUGUCUCGGGAUUUCUGUAUGAUAGACUUCAAAAGGAGGUUAUCAACUUAAGGAAGCUUUGUGACGUAAGAGACAAUACGUUAAAUGUGAAAGAUGAAGAAAUAAAGAUGCUCAUGAAGAAGGUUGAUGCACUGACGAAAUCCAUUGAAGUAGAGUCUAAAAAGAUGAAGAGAGAAGCAGCAACUAGAGAAAAGGAAGCUUCAUCAAUGAAAGUGGAUAAUAAUAAAAAGAAUAGACAUGCAAACUCAUCUAUAAGGGCAACAAAAGCAUAGUUAAGUUUCGUCGCAUUGGAGAAAGAUGAAAUGACUAGGAAAUCAGUUAAUUUGUCAGCCGUAUUGUGUGACUUCUCACUGUACAUACGCAGACGAGGUUUAUAACUGAUGAUACGCCGAAGAAAUAAAGGUCUGAUUUGAAAAGAGAGUUGACUUUGUAGCAUCCUGUGAUGGUGUUGGUAUGCGUUUUCCUCUGCUUGAGAUUAUGUAAAGGUUUCAUGGUUUUCAUACUGGUGAAUAAAAUGUAGUCCGAUUCAGGAAA